AUGGCGCUAAAUGCACCAAUCAGCCGUAAUCCCUUUAAGAUCCAGUCUCUCACAGAAUGGAAGCGAAACUCGCUGAUGCUCGGGUUUAAAAGCGCUCGCGCUUUUCCGCCCUGCCUUCAUUCUGCUCACAGCCCAUCAGGUCGCACCAUGGACACGCCGUGCUUCAGAGCGACAGCACAUUUUCCACCAAGACCGCAACCGAAGAGCUUCAGCAUCGACUGGAUCCUCUCAUCCGGACACCGAAAACCAGCCCUCGACAGUCAGACCGUUUGUACACCGCCUCAACUUAUCAUGCGCGGAGCUUUAUUUCCAGCGAGGCCUUUCGGUUUUGGGUUCGAACCCGGCGCGUGCGUUUACACCUCGCACUUUUACCACCGUCAGAAUGCUGCAUACAGAAACACUAAUGAUGCCCACCAGUCGGUUGGUUUAACAUGCAAUACUGGAGAUUUUGGACUGAAGACGUGUCGGCGGAUCCGGACGGUUUUCAGCGCAGAACAGCUGCAAAAGCUGGAGGAGGUUUUCGCAAAGCAGCGCUACAUGACCGGCUCUGAGAAAGUGGUGCUCGCUUCGGCGCUGCGUCUCACUGAAACCCAGGUGAAAGUGUGGUUUCAGAACAGGAGGACGAAAUGGAGGAAGAGCAGAGAGCUUGAGGAACGAUCAAAGCAUCAAUGCAGUGAUUUAAAGCAUGAAACAUCCAUGACAGAAAACGCAGGAGUCCAAUCUGUGGACAGUGAAGAAUCUUCUGAAACGUGAACACAGCAAGCAUGAAGUGCAAGUGACCCACAGACCCAAGUGAAUCUCUCCAGCUUCUUGUUAAACAAGAAAUCAAGGCAUCAUGCCACUAUGUGGCUUUAUAGCUAUUCAUGUUUUUCUUUCAUAAUAAUAAUAAUAAUAAUAAUAAUAAUAAUAAAUCCACAGUGUAUAGCUUUUUUCUUCUUUUAUGCAUUGUGUAACGAGGUAUGGACUUUUUCCUCAUCAAAAAUAAUGCCUAGGUAUGAUUUUCAUGGACAAUGCUGAUUUUAUAUUUAAUUAUUCAUACAAUUUAGUGAUAAUUUCCUGAAUGUGUUUGAACCUGUUUGUGUUC